AUGAUGGACCUAUCCCAUCUCACACGGCCUGGCAUUCUGUGCCAGUGUGCUCGAUGUUCCAGCUCACUGGCUGCACUGGAGAAUGAGUGGGCCAAACUAUCUAAUGCCUACUCAAUCCCGACAGCAUGGCUGAGUGUCGACCUCCAUCGCAUCGCGGUUUCUUCGGAGCGGAAGCAAAUCCCUCAUACAUCGGAUAUGACCCUUCUGCGUGGCCGUGUCAUUCAAGAAGUGUCAUGUAAACUCUGCCAGCAAAGGAUGGGGGUACUUUGUCCACUUGACAACGGGAUGAAUAUUUUGUGGAAAAUGUCGAAAGUUGCUUUUAGGGAGAUUGUUACCAUGCGAACGGUGCAGCCUGUAUUCAAACAGGGGGCCCUCGAACGACUGAUUUGUCCCCCGAAAGAACCUCCGCGCCGAAACACCGAUCUUGUCCAGGGAAAUGCAGUGGUCCCAGCUGGCUCCACCGAUCCCACUACCGUCGAUCCAGCGAUGCAAAAACAAAUGAUCCACCAGGGUAGAAGUAUCGAUCAGAUUUCGAACUCAGUGAACCACCUCCAAGAUACAAUGUCUGAUCUCAAAAACUCAUUUACAGCCCUUCGAAUUGAGUUGAAUCGACCCGGACGGAAUUUGGCGGAAGGUUCCAUACUUCAGGGGCAAGACUUUGACAUGAUUGCUAUGGUGCUCAAGGAGCUCAAAUCCAAGUCUGACGAGAUCGAGAAACUCAAGCUGGAGAUCGAGGCCCUGAAACUGAAGAAUCGCUAUAUGGGAGUGACCCUGCCACACCAGCAAGAGUCAUUGUCGAUCAUGAACAUGAAUGCUGCGCUUCCUGAAGUCCGGAGCCCCGGCUUACUCCAAGCGGGCCGGAAACGCAAUUGGCCUGACGCAUUCUCGGGCGAUCGCAGCCAGACAAUCGCGGAUUCCCCGGAGGAAGAUGAUAUGGUGGAUGAAAUGUCUCUAUCAGAUCCGCUGAUAAAGAGCUCUCGCAUUCCUCUCAAUGACCAACCCCAACCAGCAAUUAUCAAUGGUCCACCUGGUGAAGAGCAACUGGAGUCCCUAGAGGGGCUGAUGUCUGCUCGAGAACCUGAAAAUAUCUCCAUCCCUCUUCAACCCCAAUCCAACUUGCAGCAAACUAUAGCCAAACGUCCGCGCCUAGGUGUGCCUUUCGAGGAAAGCCCCCAAACGGCCCCUCCGCAGCCGCAAACUGUUCCUCAGAAAAGACCGCCUGGCAGGCCGAGGAAAUCAAUCAGCCAGCCCACUAUCCCCGAUCUCACCGAAUCACCCAGUAUCGCUCCUUCUACCACGCAGGGGAAUGUGGAGUCAAACGUUCAACAAAACACAGUACGACGUCGCACGUCUCGUCGCAGCUUGCGUGCGCAAUCCCUUGGUCCAAAUAACAGCCAUGCACAUAGUGAAGAGGACCAGCAGAACACACAAGAGUCAACUGAAGCUCCCCCUGAGGCUCACCCAGCGCCCAACAAAAAGACCAAGCGGAAUACUGGCUCCCCCAAUGGAAAGCGAACUGGCGGUCCAGACGAGGACGGAGAUGAGGCCGCUAUGAAUGAGAAGCGGAAGGCUAAGGUCGCGGCGCGGGACGUCAUGGCCAAGAUGGCUUUACAGCACGAGGAGGCUUUGGAGGCUGAGAAUGCAUGA